GACUGCGGUUGUUUUUUUGUACAUUACAUGAUAAAAACGUUUAAAAAAAUAAUUACAAAAAUAAAAAAUACACCCUACAAUUUGUGGCGAAAGUGUCGUUCUGAAAUUACUGACGGUUGGUGUCACGCUAUUGGGACGAGUGUAUUAAAACACCUUUCUUAUGUAAUGUACUGAAUAAUUUAUGUAGAAAAUAAUUGGAAGUAUUUUACGUUUUAACCUUACGACAAACAAAAUUGGUAGCUGUGACUUUAAGGUAUCAUAAUCACCUUUUACCGCAUUCACUUCCGUUGCCGUCAACAAACAUGGCCGACAGAGAGAAGCGCCGGUCCGGGGUGUCUCCCCCUGCUGUCGUGGCCGAGGGCAAAGCCUCUAAACCGGACACGGACAGCGACUUCCUAUCGCAGGCCGGAGUUGGGGAACUUAUACGCGGAGCCGUGUUAAAAAUGGUCGAAGCCAGGCCGGACGACCCCAUCGGCUUCCUGGCGGACCACUUCGGCAGCCUAGCGUCGGUGGAGAGUAGCAGCACGCCGGCCGGUAGUGGUGGCGGUGGUGGGGGAGACAAGGACCACCUGAACAACGGCUCGCUGGGAGGAGGAGCCCGGGCUCAGCAGCGUCUAAACCGGGCACUGUGGCACCUGCGUCUGGCCCACCACUCCCAGAGAUCGGCGUUCAGCAACAAUGUCCGUGUAGCCUACGACCUCCUGAACCUCGCCGGACCCUGCCAAGGUGAGGUCCAAGAAGACCCCCGUGGCUCCCUGACAGUGGCAGGAGGAGGAGUUCGAGGGGGCGUGUACACGCAGACUCUGCAGUGCCUGUGCAGUGAAGGCGGCAUCCCGGCCUCCACCUCUGCCCCACUCCUGUGCCGCCUCCACUGCCAAGACCACGAGGCCGUCCCUUACGACAUCUUCCGCCACGGUGUGCUCACAUGCGCAAUUUUCUCGGACUACAUCCGCCAGUCUCAGAGGCUUUAUGCCGAAGUGUGCUGCCAGGACGAGGGGGCGCCAUCGCGAGCGCUGUGUCAGGCCGUGCUGGGCGCAUUAAAGGACGCCUUGGAGACGUCGCGAGGCUGCGAUGCGAACAGUGUUGUUGACAUGAACGCUCGAGACAGCCGCUGCUUGGAGUCCAGUGUCAAGGCUAUUCGCUACCUGGAGGCGAGUGCCAAGAUGUCACCACACAAGCUGGCACAGGCCAUGAACGCGGCGCGCAUGCGAGGGCCAGGUGGCGACAUGGAUGCGAAGGAAUUUGAGAAUGCUGCAGCAGAACUUUUUAUUGCUCGUGUUAAAGUUGUUACUUAACAUGUGGUUUGCAGCUAGUGAUGCCCUUAUGUGCUUCUACCUCCAGCAGACUCUUUCAAGACAGUACAAGUAGCUUACAUACAAAAGAACUGAUCAUAUGCAUGUUCCUUUGUUCGCUGAGAAAUGCAAUAAUGCUCUGAUUUUCAAUCCGUGCAAUAAAUCCUACGUUUAUUAUUGUCAGGCUUAGAGAUGUUAAACUAUAUAGAUAAAUUAUUCAUGUAUUGUGUAUUUAUUUCACCCAUAAAACGAAAUAACACCGGUGGAAUCGUUUGCACAGGAUUAAUGGAUUCAACCGCUUUCACCUGCGACCACUAAGACGUAGACGUCAUUGUCGAAGCCGAAGAAGAAAACCCCGGAAGCACUCCUCACAACAUGAUUGUUACACUACUCGUUUACGACUAUUUACCUCCUUAUGUCUUCAUUCCGUGCAAUAAAUAAUACUUCUAUUCUUG